UGCCCUCUCCUCUCAGACUGUGCCGCUGGUGGAAGCGGAUACUUCGUGAACGCAGACUUCUGGUGUGCCUGGUACUCUGCGGAGCCGGAGCAGGUGGAGUAUCUGGUCGACUGGUAUUUCAACGAAGAGUUCACGAUGCAGUACAACAGCACCGUCGGGAAGUGGACGGGCUUCACCCCGGCUGGGCUCAGCACCGCAGCCAUGUUUAAUGCAGACGAGCGCAACAUCCAGCGAAGGAUGCUGGAGAGGGAGUUCAUAUGUGUCAACCGCAUCGAUUUGGUGCAAAUCACAGUGGAGGAGAACAUGGCUGAACCCAGCGUCACUCUCUCAGAGAUCACCUCCUCCAGUCACGACACCAUGCUGGCGUGCAGCGUGUACGAUUUCUACCCCAAAAAUAUCAGGGUGACGUGGCACCGCAACGGACAGGAAGUGACCUCAGGCGUGACCAUAAGCGAGGUGAUGACGAACGGAGACUGGACCUAUCAGGUUCACUCUUACCUGGAGCAGCCAGCUGGCCGACAGCACGGGGUCACCUGUAUGGUGGAGCACGAGAGCCUCAGAGAGCCCAAGAUUUAUGACUGGGGUGAGACACAUGAUGGAUCUUAUUUAUGAUCAAAAAUGUAUUCAUCUUACAAAUUUUGCGCGCCUUGGAGCAUUAUAUCCCCCCAAGAUAGCACGAUAUUCCAAGAAAAACUCUGAGAAGUCAGAGAAAAUUUGUUCAUAUAUUGUUUCUUGCAUGAGGCUUGAUGUUGGUGCUGAUGGAUGCCACAGGUUAUUUAGUUUAACACAAUAUCUGUGUCUUCUCUGUAACUUUGUAAACAUGUAAUGGUUAAUCAUUGACCCUUUCAUGGGCCCCCUCUAGGCCUGAGGGUCCUCAGUGCCCUUUAACCCCCGUCACCAAAACCUGAG